AUGAUUCAAACAAAGCAAUACAAGGGGAACAAGAACAUUGAAACUGGAAAGCAGAAAGAAAAAGACAGUUCAAAUGCUCUAAAACCAGUUGGAAUGAAAUGUUUCUUCUGCAAGAAACAUGGACACAUGAAGAAGGAAUGUAAGGGGUACAAGAAAUGGUUGGACAAACAAAAGGCUAAAGGUAACACUAAUGAGAUUUUGGGGUUCAUAAGGAAAAGGCUGCCAAGCAAGGAUGAAGUGCAGGUGUUCUUGGGCAAUGGAGACAAAGUUCAAGUAGAUUUCAUUGGAGUACUUAGGAUUGAAUUAGAAUUUGGUUUUAUUUUGGAUUUAGAAGAUGUGCUUUAUGUGCCUUAUAUAAGGAAGAACCUAAUCUCAGUUGCUAGGCUUGUAAAAUCAAAGUUCACUUUGAACUUUGAUGAUUUGGUUGUUCUAUUUUAA